AUGGAUCUGGCUAAAUCUUUAUUCAGUUCCCGCGAUCAUGACGGUUACGUCGGGCGUGAGGAACACGAACGUAAAAUUAGUGCAGCUUUAGCAGAUGACGACCCAGAAGAUGUAAUUGAUUCUAUCCGUGGUAUGAAUGUAGCUGACGAGCUCUUGCCAGCACCUGGAGGCCCUUUUUCAGCGCUUACAGCUAGCAUGGUACCUCAGGAUAUAAUGGCGAAAUUGGCACAACCAGAAUCAGAAGGCCACGGAGGCGGGUUACCAGAUUAUCGAUUCGAUGAAUUCGGUUUUUGUGUAGAUGAAGAAGACGGCCCCGAACAGAGUUCGAAUAAACUGCUAGCUAAUAUUUUCAUAGAGGAUGACCAACAUAGACUCCAGUGGGAAUUUUACAGCAAAGAAAUAAACUUUUCCGAAAACAAGUUGGAAAAAACAGAAAAGCUUCAAAGUAUGGUAAAAGAUGGAGUGCCGCAUUCCUUAAGGCCGCAAGUAUGGAUGCAUUUAUGUGGAGCCAGUAAGAAAAGAGCAACAACCGAAAUAACUUAUCACGAAAUUGUCAGGGCCUCGAGUGAUGAUGGCUUGGUUACUAGCAAGCAGAUAGAAAAAGACUUAGUACAAAUAUUACCAAACAAUGUUUGUUUUUCACAUCCAACUAGCACUGGGGUGCCAAGACUCCGUCGUAUUCUCCGAGCAUUAGCAUGGCUGUAUCCCGAUAUUGGUUACUGCCAAGGUACAGGAAUGAUAGCUGCAUCACUUCUCCUGCUUAUGGAAGAAGAAGAGGCAUUUUGGAUCAUGUGUACCACGGUCGAAGAUCUGCUGCCCGCAUCAUACUACUCGUCAACAUUAAUCGGCAUACAGGCCGAUCAAAAAGUCUUAAGAAGUCUCAUAUCAACGUACUUACCUGGUAUAGAACAAGUUUUAAAUGCCCAUGACAUUGAGCUCUCUCUUAUAACAAUGCACUGGUUCCUCACUUUAUAUGCUAAUGUUGUGCACAUGAAAAUUUUGCUACGAAUUUGGGAUCUAUUCUUCUUAGAUGGUUCGAUUGUACUGUUCAAAGUCACCUUGGCAAUGUUGAAGAUUAAAGAGAACAGAUUCACAGAGAUAUCAAAUUCAGCUCAAAUAUUUAAUGCAUUAUCGGAUAUUCCUGGUGAAAUUGAUGAUGUUGAUGUACUAAUUAAAACUAUUGAUGAUGUUUGUGGGGAUACUUUAAGUCCAGCCCUCAUCGAGACCCACAGACGGCGGCAUUUAGCUUAUUUGAUGGCAGAUCAAGGAGCGCUAGUAGGAAAUCCCAAUGCUGUGCCUAACUUGCCCAAACAGCAACUCCAAAGACGGCAGAUAAAACGUAGCAAAUCUGUUAUUCAAACAAUUUUAUUCGGAGAUGACACUAACAAUGAAGAUGCAGUUUCUAAAAAUGUCAAACAAACGGAAAUCUUGGUUGAUCUCAGGGAAGCUAUCUUACAAGUUGCUCGACACUUUCUUGCCCUGGAACCACAGUUGCAAUCAGAAAUUCUUCUUACAGCAGACUACACUAUGCAAAGUCAUGCGGCUGAUAGAGAAAGAUAUGUUAAUGUAUCUCGAAGUAAAAGGCGACGUGCCAAGGCUCUUCUGGAUUUUGAGAGACGAGACGGAGAUGAGCUUGGGUUUAGAAAAAAUGAUGUCAUAGAAGUCAUAAGUUCAAGAGACGAACACUGUUGGAUCGGAGAAUUAAAUGGUCUAAGAGGCUGGUUUCCUGCUAGGUUCGUUAAGCUAUUAGAUGAAAAAGGUGUAAAAUACAGUAGAGCUGGUGACGAUUCAGUUACUGAGAAAGCAGCCCAUCUUGUCCGAGGAGUUCUAGCACCUGCAUUUAAAAGGGUAUUGCUACAUGGAAUCAAGAAACCAAGCUUUCUGGAUGGGCCCUGCCAUCCGUGGUUGUUCAUUGAAGAGGCCUCAUCUAGAGAGGUUGAGAAAGAUUUUAAUUCUGUGUAUAGUAGAUUAGUGUUAUGCAAAACAUAUCGUUUAGAUGAAGAUGGUAAGGUACUUACUCCGGAAGAGUUGCUUUAUAGAUGCGUACAAGCUAUAAAUUUGUCCCACGACAACGCUCACGCUCAGAUGGACGUUAAAUUACGUACAUUAAUAUGUAUGGGUUUGAAUGAAGAGGCAUUGCAUCUGUGGCUAGAGGUUCUGUGUUCAUGUGUUGAUGUUGUCCAAAAAUGGUACCACCCAUGGUCUUUUAUCAAUUCCCCGGGUUGGGUUCAGAUAAAAUGCGAGCUGAGGAUACUUUCUCAGUUUGGUUUUAAUUUAAAUCCUGAUUGGGAGCUUCCUUUGAAAAAGGAUACUCAGAAUCAGCCAUUAAAGGAAGGAGUGAGGGACAUGCUUGUUAAACAUCACUUAUUUUCUUGGGAUCUCUAA